AUGAAAAUUGCGUUGCUUAUUUCGGGCAGCUUGGUCACCCUCUGCGUGGCUCAGAAUGCCCAAGUUUUUGAAACAAGAGGACUGCACUGCUAUCAAAAUAGUGACUGCGGUUACCUUCCUGCUUUGUCCUGCAUAUCUGGCAAGUGUGAUUUUUGCCGCCCUGGCAGUAACGACUGCAGCGCUGACGGCUCUAAACGCUGCCAAGUGAAAAUUCGACGCAAAACGACGGGGUUGCAGACGCCUUACGCACAUAAUCUCACCGGUGAAAAUGUGCAAAUUGCCUAUUGCACUGAAAAGAACUUGUUUGAACCCUUCACGUGGAAAGACGUGGUGGCCACGAUCAUUGCAUUGCUGAGUACGGCACUUGGCUCCGGAUGCGGUGUGGGUGGUGGUGGGCUUCUGGUGCCUUUGUACAUCUGUUUCUAUGGAGUAAGCCCCAAACAUGCUAUUCCUUUGUCAAAAGCUACUAUUUUCGGCAAUGCUCUCUCCUCUUACUUUUAUAAUUUUUAUCGAAUGCACCCGGCUGAUGCCAGACUGCCCCUCAUCAAUUACCAAGUUGCAAGUAUCAUGGAGCCGACUACACUGAUUGGCACCAUUUUUGGGGUCAUGAUGAACCACAUUUUUCCAGACUGGUUAAUUUUGGUGCUUCUUAUUUCGCUGCUAUCCUUUAUCACUCAUAAAACAUUUGUAAGGGGUAACAAGCUUCAUGAAAAGGAGGCAAACCAACAGCUUGCGGUAUUUAAGUCGGCUACAAAGUGCGGUCUAGAUGAUGAAAAACGUGGUCACCAGUGGUUGAUUUACCGGACUUUUGAUGCAGAAAUUGCCGCCCGCCGAUGGCUUGAGAAGACUCGCUCUAACAAAAAGCUGCGCGAAAUAAAGGCUCAAGAUCAUGCGGACUUUAAGUCGUUGCCACCUUUACAUCAGCACCAAUUGUCAAGCUCAGAUGCUUUAUUGAGCGGUUUGGAUCAACAUGAUUUCGGGACGUUUGAUCUAGAUGAUGACGAAAUGCUCCAGAAACGCAAAGUUAUUGAGCAGUGCGAAAGAAAGAAGUUUCCGCUCAAGUACGUCAUCCCAAUGGUGAUUUCGUGGCUUGUCGUGCUAGUGCAGUCGAUGCUUCGUGGUGGUCACGGCACUUCAAGUGUUGUCGGAGUCAUUUGUAAUUCGACGAAAUUCUGGAUAUUGACAUUCUUGCCGUUGUUAGUUCCGAUUUCCAUCACGCUUUGGGUCGGUCAUCAAUUGCGUCUACAAAAUCGCUUGAAAGUGAUGUGGAACUACCCAUUCAUUGAGGGUGAGAUUCAUUGGAUUAAAAAGCGUAUCAUUGUAUUUCCGGCCUUAUGCUCUUUGGCUGGCAUGUGUGCUGGUCUGUUGGGUAUUGGAGGUGGCAUGGUAAAGGGUCCAAUCAUGUUAGAAAUGGGAAUUUUGCCCCCAGUGCAGUCCGCUACUGCCAGCUUUAUGAUUCUAUUUACAUCUUCUUCAACGACUUUGCAAUUUGCAAUUAAUGGUCAGUUUCCCGGUGAGCGUCAGUAUGAUUACAUAAUGUGGUUUGCCUUUAUGGGCUGCAUUGGAGGGUUUUGUGGCCAAAGUAUAGUGGCGCUUUUGGUCAAAAAGUAUAAACGCGAGUCAAUUAUGGUGUACUUGCUAGCGAUGAUGAUUGGUUCCUCGGCUUUGGCAAUGAGUAUCAUCGGGUUGAAGUCAACGAUACAAGACUUUCAAAAGCACAUGCACCUCGGCUUUAAUGACAUUUGUGACCACGAAUGA